AUGAAUCACAGCCAUGAAGAAACUGUGAAGAAAAUCAGUGUGGUAAACCUUGAUAAACUUUUAGAUAACUUCUCAGAGAUAGAAAAGAAAAUAUCAGAAAUUAAUGAAGCAAAUAACCUACUGGUUCUUCAGCUGGAAAAAUGUAACAGGUUGUUAACAUUAAGCCAAUCAAAGGAGGAAUCAGUAAAAGAAGAAUGUACUACUCUACAGAAUGUGAUAAAGGGUCUAACACAAACCAUUGAAAACCAGUGUAAUGUGAAAGAUGAAAAUGACAGACUGAAGGGUACCAUUCACAUCUUGGAAGAGAAAUUGAAGGCUUGCAAACAGGAAUAUAAAGAUCAGAUUGAGAAACUUAUGAUAGAAAUUAAAAACAAAGAGGAAGACUACAAAUUAGAAAUAACACAGUUGAAUUGCAAUGUAAGAAAAAAAUUUGAAAUAAAAGAAGUGGAGCACAGAGAACAGAGGGAGAAAAAAGAUCUGGAAAUAUUAGAGCUAACUAGGCAGCUGAAAAUUCAAAAUGAAGAGAAGCAGAAUGAAAUAAUUAAACUUCAGAUAGAGUUCAAUGCUAAAUUAGCAAGAGUUCAGGAUAAAACAACAAAAUCGUUUUCAGAUGCUUCUGUGUUGCCACAAAGUAUCUAUCGAAGGAAGCUGCAGCAUCUCCAAGAGGAGAAAAACAAGGAAAUUGAAAUUCUCCGGAACACCAUAAGAGACUUAGAGCAUCGUCUUAAUAAAGGUCAAGACCUACACUUGAAACGGAGGCGAUUUUGA